AUGGACAACUCAAUCCAAGAACAGCAAACCGCCAAAGUCGGAGAACUUCCGAUUGAGGCUCUCGCCAAUGAUAUAAUUCAGGAAAAUCAAUUAGCACCAGAAUCAGGGGGCUCAACAACUCCACCAGGAACACCUCCACCAUCACCCAAUAAGAGAUCAUUGGAUGACGGUAUUGAAGUAGAAUUUGCCAGCCCGUCUGGUCCACCUCCUACAGUGCCAUUGCCGCUAAAUCCUCCCAAGUCGAAGACUCAUAAGGAGUUAUCUGAUAUCUUAUGGAAAAUCGAAGAUUCAGUUGAAGAAGAUACUGCUAGCUCUAUCGCAGAAUUGAUCUACUUGACGUAUCUAUAUCUCCGAGCGGCGAGAGCUCAAGUUUAUUGGCGGGUAUUGUUUAGACGAGAAUAUACGACCUCACGAGGUCAUACUACGAUUCAAGAAGUUGAAAUGCGUGUCUCUGAAUUGGGCAACCAGAAUCCCCAUCGUCAAGUCAUUGGGGGAAAGAACAAUCACCUCAUCUCUCGUCAAGAACACGUUCUUGGGGUUAAUCGCGGUGCACAAGUGACGGGUGUCGCUUGUGCCUCUUUAGCAUUGCCAUGGAUUGCCGUGAUACUUCGAUUCUAUGUCAGAAUUAGAAUUCAGAAGUUCUUUGGACCGGAGGAUUGGUUGACCGUUGCUUCUAUGAUAAUAUUCACUGCCCUAUGUGGACUUUUGUUACGGUCACUCGCAUUUGGACUCGGUGCUCAUCUUUACAAUAUCGAUGCAGAUUAUCUUGAUAGGCUUGCUAAGUAUAUAUUCUCAAGUGAACUUCUUUAUGUCAUCACCAUGGCCAUCACGAAAGUUUCCAUCGGGGUUUACUUCCUGAGACUUGCCAAUAAACGAUAUCAAUUUUGGAUCAUCUAUAGCGUUAUGGCUACGGCUCUUCUGGUCAGCUCGGCAUACUUCAUCUUCGUAUUAUUGCAAUGUCAGCCAGUAUCGUAUUUCUGGAAUAUGUUUGACGAUGGCUCGGGGUCUUGUUUGAGCACAUCGGUUCGCGCCAAUGUUACAUAUGCACACGCUGCCAUGAGUGCCGUGACGGACUGGGCUUAUGGUAUUUUACCAAUUACAUUUGUCUGGAAGAUAAAGAUGAAUCCACGCACAAAGCUAUCCGUCGUUCUUAUUCUAUCUCUCGGAUUCUUUGCGAGCACUGCAACCCUGGUCCGUAUAUACUACAUCCACAAACUCAACCAAACCACCGACUACACCUGGGAAGGUAUCAACUUAGUAAAAUGGUCCAUCGUCGAACCCGCUAUCGCCUUAACAGCCGCAUCCUUUGCCACCCUCCGACCCCUUUUCAGUGCCCACCCCCAAAAGAAAGCCUUCAGCAUCAACUCCUCCGAUACAUCCGCCCCUAUUGGCAAAAACUCACAGGAAACACUCGCCGAUUCCGAAGACGAAUAUUCCACACAAUUUGCCGCGAUGUUGGGUCUAAGCGAGAGUUUUGGCGUUCGAACAUAUGUGUAUGCGGAUAAAAAAAUCGUACUCAAGGAAGAUAUAGAGAGACAACGACUACACAUGGCAUGGAGCCCCGAGGAGUUGGAUGAUUCGAUAGAAAUUAGUGUUUUGAAUGCGGCGAAUAGGAGGGGUGAAAGAAGCCAUAGUGGUGAGAGUCACAUUGAUUGGGCGAGUGGGUACAGGACGACGGUUAUUACUCAGACGAGUGAAUGA